GUCUUCAGGUGACAACAAUCAACUCAUUAACUUGGUUGAGUUAAAAGCUGCUUUCUGGGUUCAGUCUGUAGCUGAGCUCUCCUGUGGAAGCGUUCCGACCAAACGAUGUCCGGCCGAGGAAAGAAAGCCGCAUCCAAGCCAAAAUCUGCGGUGUCCCGUUCCUCCAGAGCAGGACUCAUUUUCCCAGUGGGCCGCGUUCACAGGCUGCUCAGAAACGGCAACUACGCAGCGAGGGUUGGCAUCGGCUCUGCUGUGUACCUCUCGGCCGUCUUGGAAUAUCUCUCCGCUGAAAUCCUGGAGCUGGCUGGAAACGCCAGCCGUGAAAACAAGAAGCAGCGCAUUGCGCCGCGCCACAUCUUGUUGGCUGUGAAGAGCGACGAGGAGCUCAAAAUUUUACUGGCAGGGGUCACCAUCUCAGACGGUGGGGUGGUGCCAAACAUUCAUUCAGCACUCCUGCCAAAGAAGACCAUAGGUCCAAGGGAAGAUCCAACUCCCAAAAAUGUCCAAUCUCAAGAACUUUAAUUGUGGCAGACUGAAAGUCUUGUUUUGAUCAAAUUUGUAAUAUUCUUAAACCUUUAUACUUGAACCUAUUAAAGCUUAACCUGUAUUAAACUUCA